AUGACGGCUACUCAGACAUACUCCCCAGUCUCUGAUGAGAAGGCGCAGAACAUACUAAGACUAAUCCAGAACGCGACAAGGUCAAGAAACAUAAGGAAAGGAAUAAACGAGUCAACGAAGUGCCUCAACAAAGGGAGAGCCCUUCUGGUUGUUAUAGCAUGCGAUGCCGAGCCUCAAGAAAUAACAGCGUUUUUGCCCAUAAUAUGCGAAGAUAAAGGCGUUCCUUUUGUUCAUGUCCCUUCUAAAAGCGCUCUUGGUGUAGCAUGUGGCAUCCAUAGGCCGAUUGCUGCAUGCACAAUCUACUUGCCAAAAGAAGCAGAGUCCCUACGCUUGGAAGAAAAGAUUAGAGAAGCUCUAAGGUAA